AGGCAUUUUUUACAGGCUCCACAAUCGUUUGUUGGGUCCUUCGCCGUGUAGGGGCCAGGCAGUUCUUGUAGUCCUGUGCAGGCUGGGCGAUCAUUCAACAGGGAAGCAGUGGUGUUAAAAAGCAGCACACGUAAAGAUCAUAAUGGCCUCCAUGUUGCUGAAAACAACGCGGACUGGCGCUGUCAGUCCUUCCUGGGCGGUGCGCUCUCUUGUCCGAUCUCUCAGUACAACAACGCAACUCCAGGCUCAAGCUCAAACAAAGAGCAAAAAGACACUGGCUCGUCCUGGGUUGAAGAACAUUGUUCUGGUAGAAGGUGUUCGGACCCCUUUCCUGAUGUCUGGAACCACGUAUGCAGAUCUGAUGCCCCAUGACCUGGCCAGAGCAGCUCUUCAGGGUCUGCUGAACCGAACAGGAAUACCCAAGGAUGCUGUAGAUUACCUUAUAUACGGGACAGUCAUCCAGGAAGUCAAAACCAGCAACGUGGCUCGAGAGGCAGCAUUGGGGGCCGGCUUCUCAGACAAGAUUCCUUCCCACACCGUCACAAUGGCCUGCAUCUCCUCCAACCAAGCCAUGACCUCAGCCGUUGGACUGAUUGCUGCCGGCCAGUGUGACGCUGUUGUAGCAGGUGGGGUUGAGUUCAUGUCUGAUGUUCCAAUUCGUCACAGCCGAAAGAUGAGGAAGACAAUGCUGUCCCUUAACAAGGCAAAAACCAUCGGCCAAAGGCUAAGUCUGCUCGGCAGCAUCCGGCUAGCUCAUCUGUCCCCAGAGCUUCCUGCUGUUGCUGAGUUCUCAACAGCGGAGACUAUGGGCCACAGUGCAGAUCGUCUGGCUGCUGCGUUUGGGGUCUCCAGGGUGGAGCAGGAUGAGUUCGCUCUGCGGUCGCACUCACUGGCCAAAAAAGCUCAGGAUAACGGGCUGCUAGAGGACGUGAUUUCCUUUAAAGUUCCAGGGCGGGAUAUUGUAUCCAAGGACAAUGGCAUUCGUCCGUCAUCCAUGGAGCAAAUGGCCAGACUAAAGCCUGCCUUUGUCAAGCCUCAUGGCACUGUUACUGCUGCCAACUCGUCUUUCCUGACCGAUGGUGCCUCUGCUGUUCUCAUCAUGUCUGAGGAGAAAGCUUUGGCCAUGGGGUUCAAGCCUAAAGCAUACCUGAGAGACUUUGUCUAUGUGUCCCAGGACCCCAAAGACCAACUGCUUUUAGGGCCAACGUAUGCGACACCUAAAGUCCUGGAACGGGCUGGCUUGUCAUUGUCUGACAUUGAUGUAUUUGAGUAUCAUGAAGCAUUUGCUGGUCAGAUAAUGGCAAAUCUGAAGGCGAUGGAUUCUGAUUGGUUUGCCCAGACGUACAUGGGCAGGAAAUCAAAGGUUGGGACUCCACCUAUGGAAAAGUUCAACCUGUGGGGGGGCUCUCUGUCUCUGGGCCAUCCAUUCGGUGCCACAGGCUGCAGGUUGGUAACCACCGUGGCACAUCGGCUGAAGAAGGAGGGUGGACAGUAUGGUCUGGUGGCUGCCUGUGCUGCAGGAGGACAGGGUCAUGCCAUGGUGAUUGAGGCCUAUCCCCAGUAAUGCACAUCCCUUAAUCAAACCUAAAUCUUCAUCAUGUCAGCUGCCAGCAUACCAGCUGAUACAUGAUCAGUCACGUGUAUGUUCAUGCACCAUUUUGCCUUGAUCGAUCGGGUUGGAUGCAAAUGUGUUUUAGGGCUCUUGUGUAAAUUAAAUUUAGCUUGGAGACUGUUCAAUUCAGGCACAAUGCUGUGAGGAAGGUUUUGUCUUUCAGACUACUUUUUAGCAUUUUGUCUUGAGUCUAAUGUAACAUAGCAAAGUCUAACUAAGCUCAGAAGAGCCGUGGUGAUCGUAAUGUUUAUAGAUCCUGUAAUAUUUUUUUCAUACAAACUGUUGGAAUUAAACGGUGUGAUGAUACCUAC